AUGGGUGGCGGUUCGAGCUUCGAGAAUCGAAAAGUACCUAGUCCAGAAUUGAAAAAGCCUAGAAUACCAGAGAAUGCAAUGCAACCAAAAGAACAAUUAAAAGGUGAAACUUUAUCGCAACCAAACACACAAAAAGAAAAACAACAGUUAAAGUGGCCACUGCCCAAGGAAGAAAGAGAAGAAGAAUUUGUACCAAAUAAUCAUAUCGAUAAAAAACGGUAUUCAUUGGUUCAAGAUCGAUAUGAGAGAGGUUUAGCAGCAACACGACGAUCGAUAAAAGUAACAACAAUCAAUUUUCCUCAUGCACAGAAAGCUGAGACAAAAAAAUCAGACUAUACCGAUUCAAAAGUUUUCAAUUCAGCACAUGUUCAAAUGACACUGAAGACUACAACAGGCUUCUCAUCUGUUAUGGCACCCACAGCCGAAAUGAAAAAAUUACUGGCUAGACUCAAUGUAGCUCAUAUGGAAUCCAAUGAGAGCAUUCAACGACGACUCGAAAAAGUAUCGAAAGAAGCAGAGCGAGUACUUGGAUUGAUUAUUAACGAAACGACAGACGAACAAAAUCGGUUGUUAGAAUAUGCACAAGGAAUACAAGCAAGACAUGAAGAAUUGUAUCGCGAAUGGUUGCAAAAGUAUAUUGUUGAACUGGAUAGAUGGCGAUCAACGGAACUGGCCAAACUACAUGAAAAACUUGAGAUUUCAAAAAAAAGAAUAAGCGAUGAUCUUCAGAAAAAAUUGACCAUUGUUAACCAAGAAGUUGAAGCAGCAAAAUCUCAAAUUUUUCUCGAAGAACAAGAACGACAGGCAAAAGAAGCUGAUCAUAUUGUCUCUGACGUAAAAUCAAUAUCACAACAGAAUAAAACGCAACACAUCGGAACUGAAUCAAAUACAGAUAUUUAUUUAAAGAUACGAGCCAAUGCUGGUAACAGAGACACCGAUAGAGAGAAUCUAAAGUUGAAUGAUCCAUAUUAUCCAUAUUUAGAAUAA